UUUUUUAUCUUUUCUAGUAAGCUCCACCGUGAUACACUGUUUGAGUGCUGCAGUGCUGUACUGCAAGGUGCCAAGGACAAGAAAAGAAAGUUUACGGAAACUGUUGAGCUGCAGAUCAGCUUAAAGAAUUAUGAUCCUCAGAAGGAUAAGCGUUUCAGUGGAACGGUAAAGCUCAAGCAUAUUCCACGACCCAAACUUAAGGUUUGUAUUCUGGGUGAUGCAUCUCACUGUGACGAGGCCAAGGCAAAUGACAUCCCUUGCAUGGAUGUUGAAGCUUUAAAGAAGCUAAACAAGAACAAGAAACUGGUCAAAAAGCUUGGUGAGUAAAAAGAGUUUCACGAGUGGUUUGUACAGACAGGUCCUGGAAACCUCCAAAGUCCUGCAAUUACUGUCAUUUUUAGUCAUUAUUGUUAACUGGUCAUAUUUAAUAACUUACAUGUAUCCACUGGGGAUACAUGUAGAAGGUCAUCAGCACUUGUAACAGGGUUGUCAUUAUUUAAUGAAAGAUAUUAUUCAUCUCGGUAUGUGGAUUAUAUAGGCGUAUUUGUAUAUGUUUUUGUUAAUUUUUUUUAUCUCAGGUAAUUCUUAUUUUUCCUUUGUUUCAACUUCAUUAGCAUACUUUACCAUACCCCCAAAAAAACAAGAAAAACAAAAAUUACUUGAGAUAAAGAAUCCACACAUCACUCAUGGGUCUCCUGUGGCCCAACAUGUCAACACCCAAGCGGCAAAGGUUUUCUAAUGUCCAAAUGCGUGGUGUGGCUGUAUGCAGUGGAACCAACAUCCAACAGAAGCAGCAUGAAAUGAGAAUAAUUUCCGUCCUAGGAACCAUUCAGCCGAAAGGACUAAAAUAUCAAUUUCAGCUUCAUUUUGAACUCUGACUUACAUCUUGCGCAUAGUACUUUUUACAUGCACAUGCACUUCAUUUUAUGUCUAAUGACAAUUGCGCAGUGUAACAGUUUUCUCAACACUGAAGAGGGGUUAUACAGUCAACUUCCUCUUAACAGACACCUCUAUAAGACGGACACCUUGCAAAAACGGACACCCAGAGUUGGUCCCUGCCUUUCUUUACUCCUUGUAGUUGAUUCUUUAUAAGAUGGACAUCUCUGUUAAAUGGACACCUAGGGUUGGUCCCAAAGGUGUACACUCUACACUGAAACAUCUGUUUCAUUUCCUUAGUUAUUUAUUGUUUGCUUCAUGACACUUUUUUAUUCCAUUACUUGGUGCAUUCUGACCAUGCAAUGUUUCAGAUCACAGGGUCCAGUUAAUGAAAUUGUAAGUGCAAAAGAAAAGAAGUUUUUUGUUGUCACUGCGUGGUAGUUGUGUGAUGGAUUGUCACUGUAUUACCUUUUUUAACAGUAGUUUGGUAUGGAAAAAUUUUAUUGCAUUACUUUUUAACCCUUCGUCUUCCGGGGUCGCCGAAAUCGGAGCUUCAGGAACGGUGACCAAAGAAAUUUCGCAAAAAAUUGUGUUACUUCCGAUUGCUCCCAAAUUUGGCACACAGGAAGUUAAUAGAUUUAGCCACUCACCUGCCUAGUUCCAGCCCCUGUCGACUUUUGACCGUCACACACCGGGUUUUCGAAAAUUUUGAAUUUUAUGGCGAGUCGCGGGGAAUCUUUGUGAGCCGGUUUUGCGAAUAAUGAAAGCUUGUAUCGACGAAUGUCAACCAAAUACAAGUCAAACAAGCUAUUCUGAAGGAUUUUGGAGGAUAACAAGCAAAAUAAACGCGAAAAUCGAGGUUAGGAAACAAUUAGAAUCUGUGCAUGCAAAUCGCCGAUCGCCCACUCUGUGCCACAUGUUCUUGAAACGGCGACGAUUUCCUUCCCGUUUUGCCUUCGCUUCGCUUUUCGCUGUCAAAUUCUUGCUUAUUUUGAUGAAUUCUAUCAGCAAAUUCAUGUCUGCUUGUCCCUAACUCGAUAUUUUUUUUUUGGAAUCGAGGAAACAAAGCGCCUCAGUGAAGUAAACAUGGGGUCACGAGGUGACGCUCUAAUUAUGAUAAUCCAAUUAGCAUAAUCAUGACAGCGUGCAGAAAAAAAUUUGUAGAAAAUUUCUAGUCGCCCAUAUUUUAGAACGAUUUUCGGGUUUUUUUUACUUACAUAUUGAUGAAAAAUAUUUCUUGCUACCAUAUCACCCAAAAUAAAGAAGUUUCCUAGCUAAAUGACAUUCUUUAAAAUUUUAAAAAUUUUUAUGCAAAAUAUGCUUUUUUAAUUUUUUUGUGGCGGAAUAUUAUGGGUUUCCUAUGACCGAAAUAUUUUUUUUUCGAAAGGGUAUUCUUUUCCCUUUCCAAUGAGGUAUAGCUUGAUAUUGAACUGUAAAUAACACCAGAGAUAUGAUUUUUUAAAGUUACAUGGCAAAAUACAUUGAAAUAAUUGGCUGCAGACAAGGAGUUAAAGUUAUUUUCUCUCUAUUUGUAGCCAAGAAAUAUGAUGCUUUCCUGGCUUCAGACAGUCUGAUCAGACAGAUUCCCCGUAUUCUUGGUCCUGGUCUGAACAAGGCUGGCAAGUUUCCCACAGCACUGACGCACAACGACAACAUGGUGCAGAAGGUGGAGGAAGUGCGCUCAACAAUUAAGUUUCAGAUGAAGAAGGUAGGAUAUUCACCAGAUAUAAGGCACAGUGCUCAAACAACUCAAAUCCUUGUUUUCAGAUAUUAGUCUUUAUUUGCCAUAUUUUUUUUUCAUGAGGUUUUAGUUCUUAUCAACUCUUUAAGCCCUUAUAUCAAAAUAUAUAUUCUCCUUACUAUCUUUCGUACAUUUCUUAUGGUACUGCUGGGAGGAAUUUGCUCAAACAUCAAGACAUUUUAUCUUUGGUGAUUAUUUCAUUCAUUCUCAUGUCUGGUUAAGAGUUACGCCUUCACCAUUCUCCUCCUAAACCAACUUGUGGACAAACAGCCGUCUUUGGUGUGUUUUAGCCUCUUUGGCAGAACUCUUGCAUAGUACUAUUCAUUUCCAAGGAUUUUACAAAACAUAGUAAUUUCUGAAUUUCUAAGGACUAAAAGAUCAAUGUACAGUUAAAUAUUUGUUGCUGCAUGAACAUUAAGUCGAAUAUCAUGUUCUGUGUGUGACCAGAGUUUUUGUGUGUUACUUUUGAGCACUGGUAAGGCCUUAUUUUCUGGAAGACCAGAUCACUGUUUAUUUAUCUGGUCGGACCUGCACCCAGGGUCUUAAAUAUCUGGGGAGACUGUGACAGUCGACAGAGUUUGCAACAAACCGGGCAGUUAAUAAAAUUGCUCAGUUAUGCAGAUUGUGCUUCUUUGGUAAGUCAUAAUUAUGGUGGGCCUUCCCCUAACAACCUCUUAUAUACAAUGACCAUUUUUUGGAGUUUAAAAUUUGUUCUGACUUAAAGAGUGCAGGGAUGUUGGGUGAUACAGCGUGCAAAGAAAGUAGUGUUCGAUAGCUUGGGGCUAGUGGAUUUUGCUAUCGGGUUGGUGAAUCUUGUUCUUAACUUGCCUGAUAGGCAAGUGAAGUUUUUUGAGAAAUUCUAAUUACGGAAGAACUGUGUAAUCAAUCUUGCUCAUGAAAACGUUUUUAGGGCUAGUUGAAAUGACUUUUGGGCUAGUACAUGCUAGCUACAGCUUGCUCAGAUGGGAAGCUGUAAAACUGAGUUUCUUUGUGCCCUGUGGGGUUUAGGGGGUAGGUAAAUACCUUAAAACGUUUUUGGCUCCUCUUGAUAUAGUGAAAUCCUGAUAAAAUUCAAUGUAAAAGUAAGGCUCGGGGGACAGGUUAUAAAUUUCAAUAUUUUGUAUCCUUUUUUUGUUGUUUGUGUGUUCUCUGCACUGAAAAUUAAUGUACAGAAAUUUUAACAUUGAAAAGUGCUUUUUGGUUGUAAUUUCGAUAAGAUGUUUUGACUCUUUAAUCACCAGGUUCUGUGUCUUGCUGUGGCCAUUGGUCAUGUUGAGAUGUCCCAUGAUGAACUUGUGGCAAAUGUCUAUCUUGCUGUCAACUUUUUGGUGUCGCUGUUGAAGAAGAACUGGCAGAAUGUACGUGCUCUCUACGUUAAGAGCACAAUGGGAAAGCCUCAGCGUUUGUAUUGA